AUGCAACCCGCGAAAGAAAAACCCACCCGUGAGGAUUUGUCUGAUGACGAAGCCAAUGAUGAAACACCUGAAAGUGAUUAUAACGAGCUGUUGUUUUUUUACUUUGAGUGUCGUCAAGAGAACGGUACUCACGAACCGAAUUUGUGCGUGGUUCAGAACGAGGCUGGUGACAAGUGGGUAUUUAAGGGGGAUAAUACACUAAACAAGUUCUGCAAGUGGCUAUUUACAAAGGAGCACCAGGGAUGUAUAGUUGUGGCCCAUAACUUUCAAGGUUAUGACGGGUAUUUUAUUCAGCAGUACCCGCACGAGAACGGUGUUAUUCCCGAGGUUAUCAUGCGUGGCGCAAAGAUCCUUUCAAUGUACAUACCUAUGCUUAAGAUUAAAUUCAUUGAUUCAUUGAGUUUCAUCCCUAUGAGACUGGCUGAUUUUCCCAAGACCUUUGGCCUGAAUGAACUGGUAAAGGGAUAUUUUCCUCAUCUGUUUAACAAGACGGAAAAUCAAAAUUAUAUUGGACCCCUACCACCGAGUCCCUAUUAUUACCCCGACGGAAUGAGUUCCACAGAGAGAGAAAAGUUUAUGGAGUGGCACAAUGGUUUAAAAGAGAACAGUUAUGUGUUUAAUUUCCAAGAAGAGAUCCUAAGUUAUUGUCGGUCUGACGUGGAUAUUCUACGGCGUUGUUGCCUCGAAUUCCGUGAACUGUUCCGUGAUAUCACAAACAUUGAUCCAUUCGAGAAAUGCCUUACGAUAGCAUCAGCGUGCAAUCUUGUGUUCCGGACGAAUUUUCUUAAGGAAAAUACCAUUGCCAUUUUGCCUCCUCAUGGUUAUCAUCCAGGAACGAAACAAUCUAACAUAGCCUUAAAAUGGUUGUCUUAUACUGCUGAGAAGAACGACAUAUACAUUCAGCACAAACGCAAUGGUGGAGAGAAAACUGUUGGGCAUUAUUCCUUGGAUGGUUACGACGAGGAGACACGUACAGCGUACGAAUUCCACGGAUGUUUUUGGCACGGUAAGUUUUUUCCCUGUAAGAAAGAACUAACCGUUUUUUACAGGUACCUUUUCCUUGUGAAAACUCCCCAGUUAAUCAGUUGUUUUUUUACAGGAUGUUUAAACUGUUAUGCCAGGGAUACCGUGAAUAAGGUGAACGAAAAAACCAUGCACGAUCUCUAUCAGGCUACUGUGCAAAAGACCGAAUACCUUAGAGGACAUGGCUUUCAUGUGGUUGAAAUGUGGGAAUGCGAAAUCAAUCGGGAGCUGAGACGCGACGAAGAAAUGAAGGAAUACUUUGACAACUACGACCUUACGGAUCCUUUGGAGCCACGUCAUGCGUUUUAUGGUGGGCGAACCAACGCAACGAAACUUUUUCACGAGUGUAAGGACGACGAGGAGAUUAGGUAUGUUCGGGAAAAAAAGGGAUAGGGUGUAAAACCACAAACUAAUGCACUAAUUUUCUUAGGUAUACCGACUUUACCAGCCUUUAUCCGUGGUGUAAGAAGAUGACCCGGACGGUUAUUGGUCACCGUCGUGUUAUCACUGAGAAUUUAGGGGAUAUUUCCACUUACUUCGGAUUGAUUAAGUGCACGGUACUUCCACCUCGAGAGCUUUUUCACCCCGUUCUUCCCUACCGUACCCAAGGCAAGUUAAUGUUUCCGUUGUGCAAAUCGUGUGCAGACGUGUGCAAUCAGAGCCCCCGUACUCAUUCCGAGCGCGAAAGAGCCAUUCAGGGAACGUGGUGUAGCGUUGAAUUGGAGAAAGCCCUAGAAAAAGGUUACACCAUUUUGCGAAUGUACGAAGUGUGGCAUUUUCCCGAAACCUCUGAUAAGCUGUUCAAAGACUACGUGAAUACCUUCCUGAAAAUUAAACAGGAAUCCAGCGGGUACCCUAAGAACUGUGUUACCGAGGAACAAAAACAGCAGUAUGUGAAUGAAUAUUUAGCGGUUGAGGAAAUACAACUGGACGGAGAAAAGAUCGAGCACAACCCUGGUAUAAAUUCGUUAUUCGUCUGACACUCAGGCUACUGGUAUGCGUGCGCUGUCCAAAUUGAUGCUGAACUCGUUUUGGGGUAUGUAUUUAUUAGUUCGUUUACUAAGGGCCACGCGAUAAACCCUAAUUAAUAGGUACUUACGUUGUACUUUUCCCCUUAGGUAAAUUUGCGCAAAGAUCCAAUAUGACCAAGGUGGAAUUGGUCAAAGAUCCCCGGACGUAUUUCGAUUACUUAACGUCGGACGAAAUUAAUGUCUUAAACGCAAGGUUCGUAAGCGACGAAAUGGUUGAACUCCAUUACAAAUACAACGAAAAUUUCGUUGAACCCGAUGCGAAGACCAACGUGGUGAUCGCCGCCUUUACGACCGCGUAUGCCCGUCUCAAGCUAUACGGAGUGCUCGAUCAGCUUCAAGAGCGGGUACUGUACUACGAUACGGAUUCGGUGACAUUCGUAAGCAAGCCCGGCGAGCCAGAACCUCCGUUGGGACCGUACCUCGGUCAGUUAACCAAUGAAUUGAAGAAGGGUUACAUUAUCACCUUUAUCUAG